CGUACAUCGAUAUAAUGCAAAAAAAAGUGAUAUAUGUCACUCUCCAUCAUGAUUGUCACGUCGGUCGGCAUGCCAUCGGUUGAACCAUUCAACCAGUACCGGUCAUGAAAUCGACAUGACACCAUCGGAAUGACCGGUAUGAUCGUUUUACGAAUUUCUAAGUAAAAUACGUAGUUCUAGUAAAUUUAAGUAUGAGUACAUGUAAUUUUAUUUAAAAUAUCAUAUUUUAUUCAAAUAUCAAUAUGAAUAGUAUGUAAAUUGUCUUCAAAUAUGGUUUAUAUAUGAUUAAAUUCAUUUGAUAUUAAUGAUUUUUUAUAUUUUUACAUAUUUUAUUAACCGGCAUGAACCGACACAAACCGGUUGUACCACAGGUAAAACCAUUACACUUGCUAAACCGGUUUGAUAACCUCUGUCUCCAUAUAUUAUUUAUAGAUAUAAUGCAAAAAAAAAUUAUUGGAUAAAAGAGAAUUAAAUAUUAAAUGAAGAGAGAGGGACAACUCCAUAAAUAGGUCAAUAACUAUUUUUUUGGUAAAAAAAUUGUCCACCUUGGCAACUUGAGAUCUCUCCAAGUGCUUAUGUGGCAAAAAUUUAAUUUUGAAUUGCCAUAAUAUUAUGUAUAGAUAAAUAGAUAGAUAGAUGAAUAAGGAAAUUAUUUUUUGAAGGAAGUAGCUUGGAUUGUAUUUUUUUAGGUCAGACGUACCGGAAAGAAGAAAGACCGUAUAAACCAAUAAUAAUGCUCCUAAAUGUUUCUCUCAUGCAAUCGAGAAUAAGAAAAAUAUGACUAAAUAUCCAUUCUAUGAUUGUCCACUAUUUUUGGAUUUAUGAUUGAGCUGAACGGUACAUGUUUGAGCCACAGAAACAAAACAUUGCUAUAUAAGUAUUUUCUUUUCCUUUUUGAGAACACAUUACUAAUAGAAGUGGUGUACUAGGGUUGAAAAUGAAAAUGAAAAUGAAAACAAGAGCCUACACCUCGUUAUCAGUCCGACAACAUGUGACUAAUUUGCUAAAAACCCCAAGAAAUUGAGACAAUCAACGGGCUUUGAUGGUGAUCAUGAACAUAUGGUCGAACCUACAGAGACAAAACAACCGAAAAGUUGAUGAUAUAGAUUUUUGUUUGAAAAUAUCGGAUUGCAUUAAACCUGCUUGGUAUCUUUCAGGACUCUGCUCUAUGGGAGAGCCAUAUAUGCCCAUCGCCAAUAAUAUGAAAAAAUGUUGCAAUCCUAUCCAACCCAAACGAAAGCAAAGAAAAUUGAAAUUUGUCAUCAUUUUAUCCCAGGUAAAUGCUAAGUUUGGUUACUGGGUUUACUAAAAUAUGUCAUAUUUAGUCAUUGAAAAAAUUAAUAUCAAUUUUGGUAAAUCAAAUUACUGAAACAGUAUACGUUUGGUCACUCUCCGUUAGUUUCCGUCCAACUCCGUUAACUAUGUAUGUUAUGUGCUGACGUGGCAAACGGAAUAGCCUAAUAAGCAAAUUUUUAUCCUAAAGAAUUGAAAUCUUACCCGCCACAUCAGAAAAACCCGCCACUUCAGUAUCCUCAAUCCAGCCCUUGACCUACCCCUCCCAACCCAUGACAUAUCCUACCUCACCAAUCCUCUGGUGUCUCCAUUAACCUUCGCAAAACCAAAUCCCCAAAACCUUCUAUCAUUCUCUUCCAUUUUCCCAGAAAGCAAACACCCCCACCCACCACUAAUAAGUAAUAACACACCACCACACAAUGUCCGACACCACCAAGAAAAAGCUGGUUUUCAGCUCUGCCGCCGUCGACCUGGACUGCGGCGCCGGCAGCUCAAGGAGGCUCAAGAAGCUCCUCUACUCCAUUUUCCACCCCAAGCCCAAACCCGCAACCUACCGCAAACACCACAAUUACAAAACCCCCUACUUCUCCACCACCGCCCACACGCGGUCGUCGUAUUCCUACUACCCCUCCUCUACCUCCACGUCGUCGUACGAAUGUAGCAUUCCCAUUUUGAUGAUGACCUUUUCUCCCCCUGCGGUGGUGGACAAGGACGAGGGGAAAUUGUGUGGGAGGACAGUGAAAGGGUUCGGGCGAUUUGGCGGGGAGAGGGUGGCUGAAAACAAAUCUAAGAUGUGGGUAAAACCCUAGAGCUUCAGCCUUCUCAUUCACUUGUUCUGCCUCUUUAUAGGCAAUGAAAUUACAGAAAAUGACAACCAAGCUAGUACAGUUUGUCCAUUAGCUUGGUGAGGAAACAAAGUUAAACUUGAACGAAAAGAAACACAGAGGAACAAGCUAAUCAAAACGUCAUCGCUUUGGACUCCAACAUUAGCCACCUGAAACGUUGUCGGAUUGGAUUGUGUCUUCAAGCUUUGAACCCAGUUGACCGUUGCCUUUGAUUUUUAGGGAUUCAUUUCCUGUUACCCCCCCCCCCCCCCCUGCAAGCCGGUGGGCAGAGAUUAUGCACACCGAGCUUGGAGAGCAACUGAAGGAAAGGGCCAGGGGAUAGAGGCUUGAUGAAGAGGUCAGCAAGUUGAUGGGUCGACGAGACAUGAAACAGCUUGAGAAUCUUUGAUUGAAGCUUGUCACGCACCAAGUGACAAUCGAGUUUGAUGUGCUUGGUGCGUUCAUGGAAGGUAGGGUUGUCAGCUAUAUAAAUCGCACUCUGAUUGUCGCAAUAAGGAUGAGCUGGCUGUGGGUGUAUGACUUGGAAGUCACGAAGAAGAUAAAGGAUCCAUUGGAGCUCACAAGCGGAGAAUGCAAGAGCUCUAUACUCUGCUUCACAAGAAGACCUGGAGACUGUCUACUGCUUUUUGCUCUUCCAUGAGAUGAGUGAAUCUCCCAGGUAAACACAAUACCCUGUAAUUGACCAUCGUGUGUCUACACAGGCAGCCCAGUUUGAGUCAGAAAAUGCCUUUAGUUGAAAUUGGCAUUGUAAAACAUAUAUUAAGAUACAAGUAUAACUAUAAUCAGUUACCUUGUAAAACAAAGAAUGAUCUGCCUUGCUUUGAGAAUAACCAACAUGCUAAAGUUUAUCAGUUAGCUUAGAAAACCAUUGCCUUGAAGCUUGCUUAAGGCCAUAAAUUGAUUUCUUGAGUCAACAUACUGUAUUUUUUAAACCAGGAGGUGGUUGAUAACCAUUAGUAAGAGUCAUGUACACCUCCUCUUGUAAAUCACCAUGAAGGAAGGCAUUCACAUCAAGUUGGUGAAUAUGCCAAUUCCUUAAAGCAGCAACAGCUAAAAAUGCUCUGAUAAUUGUCAUUUUAACAAUUGGAGCAAAAGUAUCCUGAUAAUCAACUCCUUCUUGCUGUGUAUGACCCUUUGCAACAACCCUUGAUUUAAACCGUUCAAUAUAUCCAUCCUGGUGAACCUUGAUUCUGUAUACCCACUUAUUUCCAAUAGUUUUCUUGCCUGGUGGAAGUUCAACAACAUCCCAGGUCUGGUUUUGAAGGAGAGCUCUAAUCUCAUGUUGCAUCGAGUCAUUCCACUCAUCUGACUUAGAUGCCUCUGUGUAUGUAGUUGGCUCAAUACAGGAUGUAAGAUUCAUGACAAAUUUCUUGUAAAAUGGUGAGAGAUUGUCAUAAGAGAUCAUGGAGGAGAGGCCAUACCUUGAGUCUUGGACCUGUUGCUGAAGUGAGUGACUUGUACCACUAGAUUGGGAUGCAAGAUAACAAUGGUCAUCUGUGGUUAAAUGAGCAGGUGGUUUGGUGGGUCUAUCUGAUCUUCUAGGCUGGAUGUUUUGAGGAACUGGAGGUGGUAAAGGGGUAGGUGAGGAAGAAGGGGCAGUGGAGGGAGUUGAUUGAGGGGUAGAAGAAGAACUAGGAGAGGGGCUGUUGUAAGGAUAAGGUGAAAUAGGAACAGGCGAGGAUGGUGAGAUUGGAGGUUGAGGAAUAGGAAGAUGAAGAGAGGGAUCAUGAUUAAGGGUAAUGGCAGGAUAAGGUAUAGGGAAAAUUAAAUCAGAAUCUGGGUUGGAAUUCGGUUGAGGAUUAGAUGAAUGAAAAGGAAAAUGGGAU